UCUUCUUCCUCUCUUUCUCUCUCUUCCAGCCUUCUCCUCUAUCUCUGCACAACCCCCUUUCUCUCUCUCUAAACCAUUCCAAUCACGAAUCCUUCUCCUUUUCAUUUCGUCUCUAACACUAUUCAUUGUUUUUCCCAUCUCUCUCUAAAAGCACCUGUUUCUCUUAUCCAGUGGGGUUUCAUUUGGACAGCUUUGAGCGAUGACCACCCCAAAAAUGGCGAUGACAUCUUCUCUGGAGCGUUCCUUUCAGGCUUGCUCCAUCAACCAUGGCCAUGGCGCCACCUCCUCUUCCGCUUCUCCUCCUGAAAGCCAGAACCUGCGUCAUGCCAAUUUGGAACUCAAUUCUGAAAUGUCUCUUCCAUACCAAUGGGAACAGUGCCUCGACUUGAAGACUGGGGAGGUUUACUUCAUCGACUGGAACAAUGGGAAGAAAGAGAAAGACGAUCCAAGACUUGUAAAGAACAAAACUAGAUUGGGAUACAACAGUUCAGAUGAAGAGAGUGGAAAUGAGAGCGAAGAUUCUUCGUCUUCGUCGACAUAUUUCUAUGAAGAUUACUUGGUAGAUUCAGACACAAACCAGGAUCAAAUCCUUGUAGUUGCGGGGUGCAAGAGGUGUCUGAUGUAUUUUAUGCUCCCUAAAAUGGCGAUGGAGUGUCCAAAGUGCAGGAGUUUGCUCCUUCGUUUUAAUGGCUCGGGGAAAGCUUUGCUGUAAGGGAUUUUGAGAAUUUGGGUUUCUAUUAUCGGAGGUUUCUUGUUUGUUUUCUUUCUCUUUUUGGUUGAUCUCUCCCUUUUGGGGGUUUUUGGAUGGUAGAUUCAUUGAAAGGAAACAGCUCUCUCUAGAUUCAUUAAAAAACAGCUUUCUCUC